CGGUUCGCAUUCGGUCGCGUUUCCCAUUUCUCCAACAAUUUCAGAAAACUUCUCACACACUCACACCAAUAUUGUCGUACCGUCGUAUUGUCGAUAGGCCACCCAGCGAUUCUAAAGCCGCCAGCAGACAGCAUAGCCCUCUAAUAGUCGCUCAUAUUACACAGUGUGCGUUUGCGUGUGUAUGCGUGUGCUUUUGUGAGUGUGUUUCCGUGUCCGUGUCUGUGUGUUUUUCUCGACGUUUUCGACGUUAUUCUGUCCAAAAUACCAAACACCACGUUUAAAGUGCAAAACCCAAUUAACAAGAUGGCCGAAAAUUGCCCAAAAUGCAAGAAAUCAAUCAACUCGAAGGAUGCAAUCAUCAUAUGCAAUUCGGAUGACUGCCUGAAGAAGUUCCACCGUACAUGUGUCAAUAUCGACGAUGCGAUGUAUGAUUUGAUACAGAAGAAUCCAAUGAUAUCAUUUAACUGUGAUGAGUGCAGAAAUCAAUCGCCAAAGGCAUUAUCCGCCAAGCUGCACACCAUCGAGGAGAAGGUGAACAAGGUGUGCAAUGGCGUUAAUCAAAUCCAGGGACGGAUGUACCAGCAGUAUUUCCAAUUUGGCAACCAGCCGGUUAACAAUCUCGAUGGCAAAAAGCACCCGCAACAGAACAACCUCAUCGUUGUCGGUAACAAUUGCAAUUCGGAUCGAUUGCAGGUCGUAUGCGACUACGGACGUUGGGUGCAGGUGGGCAAGUUUGCGACAAACACCAGCGAGGACGACAUUAUCGAGCAUCUGGCCGAGGAACUGAAAAUCAACAAGAAUCUGGUCAAAUGCACCAAAUUGGUCAAAAACGAUGCCAACUUAUCGCAGUUAUCCUACUGCAAAUUUAAGAUUUCCAUACCCGACUAUCGUUUCAAUGAGCUGUUCAACGAGGCGAUUUGGCCAAGUGGUGUUAUGGUUAGCCCCUUCACUCCACGCUCUCAGUUGAAUCAGAAUCGCAUAUAAAGUUGAGAGAAGAAGACGAAGAGAGAGAGUGCGCCUGCGCCUGCGCACUAUUUCAAAGGGGGUGCAUUGCACCGAGAUUGAGAGCGUCAGAGAGAGAGGGAGAGAGAGUGAGGGUUGCUUACCGGUCGGUCAGCGACAAUAGCAACCAGAGCAACAACAUCAGCAACAAACAACAAAACAGUUUUCAUUCGAUAAAGUUUUUGUCGUCACCCGUCACAAGGCGGGACGGGGAUUGGCUCACAAUGUAUGCAAAUUUUUUGACACUGACAACUUGAAAACUUUGUCUAAAACUUUCAAAGCUUACUCAGAAUUAAUGAAUUAAUGACAACCACAUAAUUACUUAUCGAAUUAACUUUGAAAAUGCAUUUUAAAAUGUUUUUAGCAUUGCGUAUAAAUAUCGAAGUAACCAAAACAUUAAGUAAAAAGUAAAUGCCAAGCAAAGUCAAAGUCAAAUAUUAGUCAUUUAUGCAUAACUGUCGUAUAUUUAAAUUAAAUUAAAUUAAACAAAACGAAAUGAAAGAAAGGGCAACUAUAAUACCAAAACAGUCAGUAUAUAUUUAAAUCAAAUACCAAAAAAAAAAAAAGAAAUACAAAACGAAUAAUUAAAAUAAUAUUAAAAUACUUAAACUAUUUACGUAAAGCACCAAAAGAAUUUUGUUCUAUCCGAUCAGUUUUCAAUUAGUUUAUUUUUACUUUUGACUUCAAUUUCAUGUAACUUGAAGCAUUUAAUUUGAUUUUGGUUAGUGUCCCUAAAAUUCAAAUUCAAAUCCAAAACCACUUUUAAACCAAAGCAUUAACUUAAUAAAACUUAUCAAGUAUAUUCAGCUAUAUUGUAUUCGUAUGCGUAGUUUGAGGCAUUUUCAAAGCUUGUUCUCCAAAAUUUUUAGAAAUUUUGCGAACCAAUGAAAUGGACAAUUGCAAAUUGGAAAAUCUAUUCAAAACAAAAAUAUGUAUGUAUUUGUGUAUUCAAAAACCAUAUUAAAAACCAAAAUUAAAAUCAAAUAUUCAAGUAAAACAAUUAUAGAAACUUGUUCAACACAACUGAAUACAGUUGGGGUUUGAGAAUUCGUAAAGCGCAGCUGGGCAAAAAUUGUUGCAAUAAACUCAACUCAAAAAUAUAGAAAAGUAAUAAAAACUAAAAAAAUAUAUAUAUAUAUUUCAUAAUUGAUGUAUUUUUUUAAGGCGAAUCAACUUUGUUUCGCUAACCACAAACACAAUAAAAACCAAUACAAGAAUUCAGCAAUAUUUUCAGUGAUUGCAGACUCCACAUUUGUGUGUGGAGUGUGUGAAUCAUUAAGAUAACAAAAGUCAGCAAACGUAGAUUUUUAUUUACGCAAAAGAAAA